AUGGGGCCGACACGCUUCGCCAGCGCAGCAGUCUCUGUGCCGUUCGCUAUCCGGAGGUUCAUGCUCGCCAUCUUGCCCCGCCUCAUCAACCGUCGCUUCGCCUUCGCUCUUGCCGCCGCCGCGAUCCUCGUCACGAAAGUCGCCCACGUCUACUUCCACCUCGAUGCCAUCCCGACCCGAGACCUCAUCCGCUGGGGCAGCUCCUUCUUUCUCCAAGAUACCCUCGUUUUAGUUAUACUCCGCGUCCUCAUCGAUGGCCAAGCCGUCGCAUCGAUCGCGGCGUCCUUCUUCAUCAGCUUCGUGGUGCUCUUGGCUUUCAUCAGCCUCACCUUCGCUACCACCGCGGGCUCCGAGCUUCAGUGGCGCAAUGUCACCCUGGCUGGUGACUCGUCGUCGUGGGGGAUGAUGGUGACUGGGUUGGUGUCCGCUGCCCUUGUCCUUGCGGGCCUGCUGGUGCUUGCUGCAGUCUCCCAAGCCGUGUUUUACACCGCCGCAGGGAUCGCACUCGACAUCUUGAAGUGGCCCGUCUCCGCUCUUCUAAGCAGAUUCUCGACGAACCAGGGCGAAAUCCCCGCGACGUCCGAGUACAAGCACCUACCACAGAAAGACCUCGAGAGUUCGACCGAAUAUCUCUAUCAGAGCGAUGACGGUUGGGAGAGCAGUUCACAGGAUACGACCCCAGCUCCCGCGAGAUCUCCGCGGUUGCUGUACGUUGUUGUUGGCGUCGGCAUCUUCGCGCAGAUCUUUACGACUCUGCUGCGCCCGGAUGACACCUCACUCGUUUACAUGUCGUGGACGCUACCACUCAUGCCGUUUGUCGACUUUGCUCACUCUUCGUCAUCGCUUUCGAGCCUGCUGGCGUCGUCCAGUAAUGUCAAUGGUACGCUAGACAAUGCCACGGCUUUGACCAAACCUAUUCAGUUUUCUUGGCUGCCCAAGGACACGCCUCUUCCAGGUUUCGAGGAUUGGUAUACCGAAGGCAAGGAACAUUAUUCGGCGCAGGAGGACCCGCUUAAGAUCUCCAACCUCGACGACCCGCUCCUCCCGGCGCUUCGCGAUAUCAACCUCGCUGACGUGCCUAUUCGCCACGUCAUGUUGAUUAAGCUCGAAAGUACGAGAAAGGACGUCUUUCCGAUCAAGAAGAGCGGGAAGCCGUACACGCGUCUCGCUGGCACACACAAGAACAAGACCCUGCCGGAGGAAGCGAACAAGCUGCUCGCGAACCUCACACCUGCUGCCAAGUUCCUCACGGGCGACCACGAUGACGGCUUCGAAGGCAACGACACCAAGCCCGAGCCGAAUAGACGGCGAGGAGGCAUCAAUGCCAACAACGCCUUUACGACGAGCACAUAUACUCUGAAGAGUUUGGCGGGUACGCUCUGCGGAUUGAGUCCCCUCGCGGCGGACUUCAACCUUGAGCAUGCGCACCACGUUUACCAGCCUUGCCUACCGCAUAUCUUUGGAGCUUUCAACAGCUUGGAUCACUCCCGGGACCACACCCCCAAGGCCGGUGCUUUCACCCCAUACAAAUGGCGGUCUUCCUUUAUGCAGUCCGUCACAUUCCGCUAUGAUAAGCAGGACAAGCUCAUGCCCAGACUGGGCUACACAGACGAGAACCUCAUGGACUGGUGGUAUCUCAAGGGCACGCCCAAGUUUGGCCCCGUCAACAUCUCGGACGUCAAUUAUUAUGGCAUGCCCGAAGUGGCCAUUGAAGACUACAUUCGCGAUGCCUUUGAUGAGGCCAAGAAGAACAACGAACGGGUUUUCCUAUCACAUUUGACGAGCACGACGCAUCACGCAUUUGGAAUUCCAGAAGAGGAGAAAUAUGUGCCCCUUACUGAAGACAAGGACUGGAACGACUUGUCGCAUUAUCUCAAUGCAGUUGGUUAUGUCGACCGUUGGUUGCAGAAGAUUCUUGGCAUUCUUGAUGAGAAAGGAGUGGCCAACGAGACCCUUCUGGUUUUAGUGGGUGACCACGGCCUUUCAAUCGCCGAGAAGGGCACCAUCACCCCGUACAGCAACCCGCACGUCGCCAACUAUCACGUCCCUCUCGUUCUGUCGCAUCCGAAGCUGCCCCAGAUCAACAUCGACGACGCAGUCCACUCUACUCAGAUCCUCCCGACGAUCCUCGACCUUCUCGUUGAGACCGGGUCACUAUCAAAGUCGAAGAGCAAGGCAGCGCGCGAUUUGGCGCGCAACUACGAGGGCCAGUCCCUCCUGCGCCCCCUCCGCAAGUUCUCGGAGCGCAACUCGCAGGGGGCUUGGCAAAUUACGGUCAUGAACCCCGGCGGCUCGACAUUGGCAGUUCGCGACGCGCGCCAGCCCAACUGGCGGCUCAUCGUGCCCGUCUUCGGAAACUACGAGUGGCGGUUUACCGACCUGACGGACGACCCGCAUGAGGAGCACCCCAUCUCUUCAUUCGACCUCAAGGCGCUCAUGCGCACGCUGGGAAGCGAGAACGGGACGGACACGUCUCGCUGGGUAGAGGAAGCCGCGGUGGUCACGCGGUGGUGGGCGAAUGAGAACUACAAGAGAUGGCGUUUCCAUCCGUAG